ACAAGUAUUGAUACCCACAAACCAGAAAAAAGACCAAACGGAAGAGAAAGAGGGGAAAAAGAAAGUGGAAAUCACUGGUUCAAUCUUGAAAAUCGAAACCCUAGUUUUCAUUGAAGAAUCAAAAUGUUUAGGAACCAGUAUGAUACAGAUGUAACAACAUGGAGUCCAGCCGGAAGAUUAUUCCAGGUUGAGUACGCCAUGGAAGCAGUAAAACAAGGUUCAGCAGCUAUUGGACUUAGAUCUAAAACACAUGUGGUAUUAGCGAGUGUUAACAAAUCUAAUUCUGAGUUAUCUUCACAUCAAAAGAAGAUAUUCAAAAUUGAUAAUCAUAUUGGUGUUGCUAUUGCUGGUCUUACCGCUGAUGGUAGAGUUUUAUCUAAAUAUCUUAGAUCCGAAUGUAUUAACUAUAGCUUCACUUAUGAGUCUCCUCUUGCUGUUGGGAGAUUAGUUGUUCAGUUAGCUGAUAAAGCUCAGGUUUGCACCCAGAGGUCGUGGAAACGUCCAUAUGGUGUUGGUCUUCUGGUUGCAGGAUUGGAUGAAUCAGGAGCACACCUCUACUACAAUUGCCCAAGUGGGAACUACUUCGAAUACCAGGCCUUUGCUAUUGGGUCUCGCUCACAAUCUGCUAAAACUUACUUGGAACGCAAAUUUGAGUCCUUUGCCAACUCUUCCCGUGAGGAUCUGAUCAAAGAUGCACUCUUUGCAAUCAAGGAAACUUUACAAGGAGAGAAGCUAACAAGCUCAAUCUGCACUGUUGCCGUUGUUGGUCUUGAAGAGGAUUUCCACAUUUUGGAUCAGAAAACUAUACAAGAAUUUAUCGAGUUGUUAGAGAUGAGGGAAGAGGUGCCCGUGCAAGAAGAAGCUGGUCAGGAUGGUGGUGCAGCUAUGCAGGAGGACAGGAGUCCAGAAGUGCCUCCAGCACCAAUGGACAUUGGAGAUCUGUAAGCAUCGCGUUAAAGAUCUUGUAGGAGGACAGGAGUCCAGAAGUGCCUCCUCCAGCUCCAAUGGACAUUGGAGAUCUGUAAGCAUCGCGUUAAAGAAGGGACUUUGAUAGUUUCAUUUGUGAAAAAUUUAUUGAGGAACUGUAUGAACGAUGAUGUGAAUGACAAAGAUAUACUCUCCUUUUGUCAUGGUCUCACUGUUCUUUUUACCUACCUAGUAUUUUGGUGAACCCCUCAAUUAAACUUGUUAAGGAUGGUUUAUGUUAAAUUUACUUGCGUUAAAGUUUUUUCACAAAUUUA